GCAGAAGGGGGGGAAGAGGUAACCGCCGGCCCCAAAUAGCGCACGGAUGCUCUGUGCAGGGUCCGCUAGUUAUUUAUAAUACAGUACAGAAUAGCAGGUUUUGGAUCACCCCUCUAAUCAAGACCUGGAAGCAGGUGAAGGUGUUUGGGUUUUUUAACCCUUUCCUUUGCCACAGUCCAGAAUCCAAUCCCUAUGCUCGCUGUUAUUGCCAAGGAUGUGCAAAGGCUUUCACUGGUACCAGUGAGAAAGUUUUAAAGGGGGUCAGGGGCGUAGCUAUAACUGAGCAGAUGGGUUGAGAGAACCCACCCAUCCCCGCUCCACCCCCCCUCCCUAAUUUCUUCAUUAUCUCCCGGGAGAGGGGUGAACCCUCUCCCCUAGCUACGCCCCUGAGGGCUGCACACACUCAUGAAGGAGCAGCUAUUAGUCAUGACAGCCAAAUAGAGCCUCCAUGCUCAGAGGCAGUCUACCUCUGGAGAUCAGCUGCUGGGGAACAAACAGGGGCUGUUGCCUACAGCCUCUGCUAGCUUGUGGGUUUCGCAGCAAAGAGACACCUGGCUGGCUGUUGUGAGUCGCACCCAGCAGAGUUCCUCUCGUGUCAGUGCUCGGACCUCUCUUCCUCCCCCUCAUAGCCUUAUUAUCCUUCUACCGGAAGAUCCAGUCGGGAUGGUGGAGAGGCGACAAAGCACGAGUUCGGGAGCUGCCAGCCCCAGCCCGCCUCCCGGCUGCUCCUCCGCCCUAGCCAAAGGCCCGGCACGGCAGCCACAGGGUGUGGGCAGAGAGCAAGAAGACACCGCGAGGACAGGAGAGUGCCUGCUCGCCGGUAGCUCGUGCGUGGGCAUUUGCCGGGCAGCCGACCGAGACGGAGCAACCAGGGCGCGGGGGAGGAGCUCUGUCGAGUCCGGCGGGAGACCUUCCGCGCGGCCGAAGCUGCAGGCAUGAGAACACCCAGGAGGAGGGAGAGGAAGAAGCCCCGUCGCCGCUGCUGCUCCGAGGAGGACUGGUUGCAUUUGAUCCUCCUGCUCAGCCUCGUGGGACUCCGGCUGGGCCCGGAGCUUUCGCCGCUCUCCCAAGCCAGCGACAAGGGAAAGCUCCUCUGGCUGCGGGAGCUGGGGGCGCCCCGCUUCCCUGCCGCGCGAGUAGCAGUUUGGCUGGUCCACGAGGGCGCCGAGACGCCGGAGCAGCCCCGCUCAGGGGGCGGGGGCAGCAGCCAGGAGGAGGCGCCCGACUCCGGAGCCCGCUUUCCUGGCAGGGCGCAGCGGCGGAGCGGCGAAGGGCGAGCCACGGGCGCAGCCGCUCCCACCAGCGCCGGCUCUGAAGAAAGCAGCAGCCGAUGCCCCGGUGAAGAGGAGGACGUAGACUUCAAAGCAAGCCAGGAAUGUUUGGGGAACCAUCACUUACCAGAAGAAGGAGCACACUUGGAAGAUGAAGAGAGUGAAGAAAGUGACCACAUUGACUGGAAAGAAAGGGAGACUACAGCUUCUAGCCCUUUGAACCACAGAAGCACAACUGAUUCUAUUCCCUUGGAAGGUUAUUUCCCUCUACUGUCAUCACUGACUGAAAAUGCACUGCAAGUAAGUGUGAAAAAUAAACAUGAACAAUUGUUGGGAAAUAUUGCAUCUGAAAGCAACGGAGGAGUGAACUUGUCAAACUUUCAUAAUACUGUAGACUUGACCCAGGCAAUUAGCCAGGAUGUGAGCCUUCAUGAUGCUACAAUGAUGGGAUCUGACUAUACAACAGGAGCAAAUGCGGAGAGGAGGAAUUUGGAGAUACAAGAGACUUUGUUAUUCAGUCCUAGCCUGACCCAUUCUGACUUAUCACUGAUGAAUAGCACCAACUUGCUGGGGAUAUUUGCAUCUGACAAUUGUUGUAAGAACCUGACCGACCAGGAUUUUUUCAUGGGCUUAAAUGCAAAUAGGUUUGAUGAAGUUAAUCUCACUCCAUUAGCCAUAGAGGAAGAGUUUGAUCCUGGGGAAGUCUCCUCUUGUUUUGAAGAACUGGACUCUGAUUCUGGGCUCUCUUUAAAUCUAGAUCACAGCAAUUCAUCAUCAUUUGUUUUGACCUGUGAUAGUGAUGCCAAAUCUGCCCCUUGUGAUGUUUUAGGAGCUGUUGGAGGCUGUUGCCUAGGAUACUGCAAGCAUUGCCACAUGGAUUAUCAAAGUAACUAUGAUCUUGGUGCAGAGUCGCUUGCAGAUGUGUCUCAUAAUCACACAUACAGUCAGAUCACACAGAAACUGCCAUCUAAAUCAGAGCAUUAUUUUCAAUGGCCAGAUAAAUCCAAUAAUGCCAGAAGUAGGAAUAUAUAUAGAAAUCAAAGCCAUGAUGAACGCCGUGCACAAGCCCAGGGAUUUCCAUUUUCUGUAAAUGAUAUUGUGACCUUGCCUGUUGAUUCCUUUAAUAGCAUGUUAUCUAAGUACUAUCUGACAGAUAAUCAACAAUCACUUAUUCAUGACAUACGGCGGAGGGGGAAAAACAAAGUUGCUGCUCACAACUGCCGCAAACGUAAACUAGAUGUCAUUAUGAACCUGGAAGAGGAUGUGUGUCACCUUCAAGCACAAAAGGAAAGCCUUAAGAAGCAAAAAGCCCAAUGCAGUAGGUCAAUUAGGCUUAUAAAACAAAAAUUACAUUAUCUUUAUUGGGACAUUUUCAAUAAAUUAAGAGAUGACCAAGGAAGACCCGUCAACCCAAGUCAAUACACUCUGCACUGUUGUAAAAAUGGCAGUAUUCUGGUUCUGCCUGGAAAAGCAGUCCAAUUGGAGCCUAAACAAAAUUUAAAAAAAAUAAAAAGUGACCAUAUAGAUCCAAAAACUAUUCUUUAGAAAGGUGUACUAAUGGAAAUGGCUGUCUUGAAUACUGGGGCAUUUGAAACUACAGUUUACACAGGAGAAAAUAAGUCAAACUAUAAGAGAUUCACCUCGCCUGCCCACAUUAAACAGAACUUAACUGCACCACCAUCUUUAAAACAGAAUACUAGGCCACUGAAAGCAGCUUAGUAUUUAAAUAUUUAAUUCACUGUCUUUACUCCAGUCCAGACAGUAUUCUAAAACAUUGCACCUAUGAUACAGAGGGCUGGUUAUACUCAGUGCCAAAAACAAAAAGUGUUGGCUAAGAAAAGCAGACUUCUCCGAACUGAAGACAUUAUGGACUAAUCAUAUUGCAUAUUUCUUUUGCAUAAUGCUGCUUUUGCUAGUCAAGGGGAGGUAUUAAAGUUAUGCUGAGCUUUUAAACUCUGCCCUAAUGAAAUCCUGUAUUUUGAGAGAACACAUGUUAGCACUGCAAUAUUCUCAUAUGAACCCCUAAAAGCUGCAGAACUUAUUUAAAGUUGAAAUAUUAUAUAUUUAUACAUGUCUUUCUAUAAUAGGAAUAAGUUUUGCUUGUUUAUAGUUA